UAACAUAAGUAAGAAUUCUGCCGAAUGUUUAGGUUUCCACGGUUUUCAUGAUUUUUCAUUAAUUGAUCUGUUAUUAUGUACGUUUAAUUAGUUAAAAUGAGGUGUUCGUGGUUUAUACUAUUGUGUGCAAUUGGAAUUGUUGUGUGUAUAGAGCAUGAUUUCAAAGGAUUCGACGAUAGUAUAUUGUUUGGUAUAAACUGGCCGGGGCCACAAGAAGUUUUGGACAAUAUAGUCGACGGUGAUGUUAGUCAGAACCAAGACAUUAACAAUAAUCAGAACAAAGAAAUCCUCAAAGUAACAACAGCGAACAAGGAGAAGUACGAAUGUAAGAUUCCAGAACUAAAGGCUAAAGAGAGCACUAGUAUUGAGGAGUAUGACGGUCCAUCGCCUAUAAACUUGCUUAAACCAUUGUUUUCGCAAAAGAUAUGUUCAUACAGGCUUGAGAGUUACUGGAGCUACGAAGUAUGCCACGGACGCUAUAUCCGGCAAUAUCAUGAGGAAAGAGAAGGGAAGCAAGUGAAGACCCAAGAGUAUUACCUGGGCCACUGGGGCAUAGACAAACAGAUGAAGUUGGAAAAUGAAAUGAAGGCGGCCAAGGAGGCUAAGGCUCUCCCCAAGACCACUAAGGUUGAAGGCACGGCUUUGCCUUAUGUAGAAAUGGUCAUGGAAGAUGGUACAAUUUGCGAUCUGAGCGGUAAACCUCGCAUGACGAGAGUUUUAUAUGUGUGCUACAGCCACGGAAAACAUGAAGUUUACUCCUUCAAGGAGACGUCAACCUGCGAGUACGAAAUCAUCAUCCUGUCUCCUCUACUCUGCGAACAUCCUCAAUUUAAACCAAAGGAAGUCAGCGAGAAUAUCAUAGAAUGUCUACCUGUAGGUGACGCUCCGAAAAAACCAAGAAGUCUGCUAAAGAUGGAAGUGGAAAGUUUACGGUUCCAUCAUCAGAGUAUCCGGCUAAUGAGUAAUAGUGACCUGGAUAAGGAUGCUAAGGAUGUUCUAGCUGUUUUGAAAGUCGAAAAAAUUGAUAAGGACGGAGAAACACACUUGAAGUUUGAGCUGCAUCCGCUAGACGAGGAAUCAGAACUGACUGACGACGCCAGCAAGCCCAAAGCGCUUGACAAACCUCAUCCUCAGGUCAUCACUGACGACUCGCCGGUCCGGGCGUUCCUUAAUGGAGAUAACUGCUUGAAUGGGGGCACGGGUUGGUGGAAGUACGAGUUUUGCUACGGCAAGCACGUAGUGCAGUAUCACGUGGACCGCACCGGCGAGAAAACAACGCUGCUGCUGGGCAAGUUUGACGAGGCAGCGCACCUCGAGUGGAUCAAGGAGAACAAGGGGAAAGCGCCUAAACCCGUCGAACACCGUACGUCAAUCUCCCACUUCUACGCGGGCGGCGACGUGUGCGAUAAGACAGGCAAGCCUCGGCAGACCGAAGUCAAACUGAAAUGUCUUGAGAACUCGUCUAGUCCAGCCCAAGUGUCACUGUACCUAUUAGAGCCACGCACUUGUCACUACAUUCUAGGUGUUGAGUCACCGCUCAUAUGCGACAUUCUGCCUCUAGCAGAUGAACAAGGACUGAUAAAGCAAACCAAACCUCUGUUGGUAAGGCAAGACGCGGUGGUCGAGAAGCAAGAGGACGAAACAGCACCAAAGGAGGUACCAAAGUUCGGAAAUGAUUAGUUAAUAAACUGCAUGGGUAGUGAGUAAA